AUGAGGGAUCUCUUUGAGCGCCUCGAGAUGAUCAGAACCAAAGCAACGUCCAGUGAGAAGACGGUGAAGGAUAUCACGGGGGAUAUCCGGUCCCUAGAUACGGCCAAGAACAAUCUAGUGGCUAGCAUGACGACUUUGAGGAGGCUCCAGAUGUUGGAGUCCGGAGCCAUUCAACUUCAAAGCUUGACAGAUGAGCGCAACCUCAGAGAAGCAGCGCAAUCACUCGAUGCGGUAAAGGCGUUGCAGACUUCCUUCAAAACGUUUAUGGCCGUAGAGCGAGUUGCGACCACCUCAAGACGCAUCGCUGACGCUCAGCAGCGGCUAAAGACGGCAGCAAUGGAGGAGUACGAGAACUUCCUCCAAGAAGCUGGCUCCACGACUCCCAUCCGCAGCACCGCUGUACCGGACGCAGCUCUUGCUCUCGACGCCAUAGGAUCAGAUGCCGUCAACGCCUUGUUGGACUGGUACUGUGCCCUUCAACUACGAGAGUAUCGCCGCAUCUUCCGCGCAACAGACGAAGCCGGUCAACUAGACAACGUCUCUCGUCGCUUCGCAUGGUUCCGUCGCGUUGUCAAGCAGCAUGACGAGGAGCACUCGGGUGGCUUCCUCGAGGGAUGGCAAGCAGCAAAGGCGCUUACUGCCCGAUUUGCGGACAUCACGCGCGAGGAUAUCAAAAGCGCACUGAUCAGGGAGAGGCCCAAGCUUCAGGUAACAACGUUGCUCGAGGCUCUGCAGGCUACCAUGGAGUACGAGGCCCAAGCUAGUAAACGAUUCGGUGGAGUGCCAUUCAGCCAGAUCUAUGCGGCUAAUCCGAGACCAAACAUCUCGUCCGUCUUUGAGCCCUAUCUGGGUCUCUUUGUCGAGGCGCAGGACAAGGCCCUCGCAGAGCUCAUGGCUAAUUAUCGCCGCCAAGGGACGACACUCCCCUCCCAGGCCGACAUCACAAACAAUGCCGGUGGUCCUCCUCCAGCCUCUUCUCCGGGGUCCCACCCUACCGUCCUCCCCUCCAGUACUGAGCUUUUCUACUUCUACCGCCAAUCUCUCGAGCAAUGCUCCCGCUUGACGAAUCGCUCCGCCUUUCGCGACCUUAUCACCGUGUUCCGCCGCUACCUACGCGCAUACGGAGAAGACGUCCUGCGUGCUGCACUACUCUCUGCCCGUCCUCCCCGGCCGGACGGGAGACGCUCCACCUCCCUCUCAACUGACACGCGCACAAGCGUGCAGGAUCUACAGCGCUGGUGCUUGGUGUUGAACACAGCGGAUUAUUGUGCCAAUACGUGCACGCAGCUCGAGCAGAGGCUGAAGGCAAAAAUCCACGAGGAAUACAAAGAGCAAGUCACACUUGAGCCGGACAGGGAGGUGUUCGAGGCCAUUGUGGCGGCGGCGGUUACGGUGCUCACGAGGGAGGGAGAGAUGGCUGUUGAGCCGGGCAUACCGCACAAGAUGAUGCGCGGAGGAAGCGGUAAUGUGCAGCCCUGGCUGUCCCUCACGCAAGUACAUGGGAAGAGCAGCUACGUAGACGAGGUGCGCACCUCUCUCGAGUCGGUUGCGGUCGUCGUCAGGCAGGACGUCGAGAACAAGCGCUAUGUCCGUUCGUGGUGCGACAGAACCGCCCACGUCGUGCUGCUCAAGUGGACUCACGCGCUUGUGCGACUUCUGCUGCAGCGGCCUUCCACGCCGGGGCAGCAACCGACCUCACUUGGCCGCUCCCGCCCAGCCAUCGAACAGCUGCUAGUAGACCUCUACGAGAUCAAGGCCACCCUCCUCGAGCUACCUCAACACACGCCGAGCGAGCAGUCAUCCGCGUCAGCUCUCGGCUACGCAAGGCAUGUAGAACGCAACGUCGGACGCGUCGAAGCUCUUCUGCGGCUCAUGCUCGUACCGCUCGAUGAAGGUGAUGCCACCAGUCAGAAGGGCGAGCUGAGAGAAGAAGCCUUCCUCAGCGAGUAUGUCCGUCUUUGCGCCGUCGAUCUCACUGGGGCUCCAGGGGAUGCUGGGCCGGAAAGUGGUUUGGCGAGCCUGGCGAACCUGCAGAAGGCCAUCGACCUAAAAUGUGGCAAUGCCCCUGGCGCUGGAGGAGGGGGUACAGCCGGCGCGAGGUUGAGCGAUGCGCUUGUGGACCGCUUCUUUGCACUUGUCGAUGCAGCGGUUGCGGCGAAAGCUACAGGGAGCGAGAGUGUGGCAGGAAGAGACGACAGGCCCACCCCUGCUGGAUUGGCUACAUUGCUUUCCACGCUGGAGAUGGACCCGCCCCCACCUGGUGCGUUAGUCACCCCUCCGCCUGCCCUGGACUUU